CAAGCUCACGACAAGCACUUCGUAGUCAACAAGCCAGUAGCCAUGAAGCAAUAUUUCGCCAUCCUUGUCCUGUUUCUUCUUUCACUGCAGCUCUUCCAAAACUCGGAGGCUGAUCUCCAGUGCAGUGAUGUUCUCAAGGACCUGAUUCCCUGUGUCAGCUAUCUAACAAGCAACAGUGGCAGCCCAUCAACUACUUGCUGCAACGGGGUCACAACACUAGCAUCUGCUGCAUCAACUACAGCUGACAGAAGAGCUGCAUGCAGUUGCAUCAUGAAUGUUGUGUCCAAGGUCAAGCCUAACGUAGAAGCAGCAAAGGCACUGCCAGGGAGCUGCAACACCACUUUGCCUUUCACUGUGUCGCCAAACAUGGACUGCUCUAAAAUCGAUUGAAGCAAGUCACAGCUUAAGGAAUGUGAGGGGAUACUAUAUGUGCUUAAUCAUUUUACAGUUUAUGUGACCGAGAUUUGUGUUUGUGUGUUACCUAUGUACUAAGUUGAUCAAAGAGUAUUCCACAUGCUAUGUUCUUGUAUAAAUCUAUAGAUGCAAUGAAUGGCUUGCUUCGUGCUACUUAUCCUGGAAAGACCUUGUUUCUCAUGAUAUUCUAAGGAUCAU